CCUAUGGGAUACGCGCAUGCGUGGUGACGGUGGGAUGGAGCCGGAGGUGGGGAUCCGGGUGAGGAGAAACGCCCUUGCUGGGGCCGGUGUGAGUUUGCAUGAGCAGCAAAGUUGAACAGUUGCUGAGCAGUCAUGGAGAAGUUUGGCAUGAACUUUGGGAGCGGUCCUAGCAAAAAAGAUCUUUUGGAAACUAUCGAAUCUCAGAAGAAACAGCUUCUUCAGUACCAGACUCGCUUGAAGGAUGUUGUUAGAGCCUACAAGAGCUUGCUCAAGGAAAAGGAAGCCUUGGAAGCUAGCUUAAAAGUGUUGUCCGUGUCUCAUGAGACAGACAUUGGCCUGAGUGGAGCUCACCUUGAAGAUGUUGCCAGCUCCAAUGUUUCCUUUGCUGACUCUGCUGAUGACAGGAGUUCUGUUCAUAGUGAAGACAGCAUGGGGACAGCUACAAGUGUGGACACUGCAGCCAGCUUGACCAGUGCCAAGGUUGAACUGGGGAUAGAAGAUGAGAGAACCACAGCUGGGGCUUCCCUUAUGAAAUCAGAGGAGGCGAGUGGAUCAGAGAGUGGUGUCAGCACUGGCAGUGGGGAUGUGCCCGCUACUGCUAAUGAGGCUGACAAAAGGGUGCUCCAGCUGAAGACUCAGCUGGCCACCUUGACCAGCUCUCUGGCUACAGUCACCCAAGAGAAAUCCCGCAUGGAAGCCUCAUACCUAGCAGACAAGAAAAAAAUGAAGCAGGACCUGGAUGAGGCCAGCAAAAAGGCUGAGGAAGAGAGGAGCAUGUUGGAGGCAGAGAUGAAGUGUGUCCAAGAGCAGCUGGCAGAGACCAAAGCUCGUCUAAUCACACAGCAACAUGACCGGGCCCAGGAGCAGAGUGACCAUGCCAUUAUGCUGCGGGAGCUACAGAAGCUGCUGCAAAAUGAGAGGACCUUGCGCCAGGAUGUGGAGCUAAAGCUGGAGGAGACCAGGGAAGCACUGGCUGGAAGAGUGUACAUGGCUGACCGUGUGGAAGAGUCUGAACUGCAGACCAAGCAGCUGAGCAGGGUGGUGGAGGAACUGAAGAGAGAACUGCAGGCUGUGCAGGAAGAAAACAGCAAGCCAGACCCCCGUCUGCAGGAGCUGCAGGAUGAGAUGUCCGGCCUCAAGAGUCACUUCCAAGCACAGCUGCUGCAAGAGAUGAGAAAGACUGCACAGGCAGAAGAGCAGCUCCGUCAGCAUGCCCAGAUGGAGGAGCGCCGAGUGGCCAGCUUGGAGAGCCAGGUCUCUGAGGUGUCAGAGCUGCUUGGCACUUACGAAAAAGCCAAACAAAAAGACCAAAUGACCAUUCAGAAACUAAAGGACCGCAUUGUGCAGUUAGACCUGGAAAACAAGACUCUGGCCAUCGCUGCUUCCAGCCGAUCCCCAAUGGACAUUCACAUUGAGGAAGCCAGCCUGGAUGUUAACGUUCUGAAAGACAAAAUGGAAAAGCUGAAGAAGCUGCUGCAGAUGGCAGCCAAGAAGAGUCAGCCCACCCUGGACAUAGAGAAGCUCUGUGAGCUGGAGCUGCCAAAGGGCACUGAGGCUGGGGAUGGGGAGAAGGCUACUGCUCUGUAUUACCAGCAAGAGCUGAAGCAACUGAAGGAGGAAUUUGAAAGGUACAAGAUGAGAGCACAAGUGGUCCUCAAGAACAAAUCAGCCAAAGAUGGCAACCUGGCCAAAGAGCUAGAGGACACCCAGGAACAGCUGGCUGAGCUGAAGGAGAAAUACGUUGCACUUCGGCUCUCCUGUGAGGAGAUGGAAAAGCAACACAAGCAAGAAAUGGAAGCCAAGAAGCAAGAGUUGUCCCACCUUCAGCAGGUCCACAGACAGGACCUAGAGAAAUGCCAGCUGGAUUACAGGGAAAGGGCACUAAAGCUGGAGGAAGAGAUGCACAAGCAGCGGGACAGAGCACUGGCUGUGCUGUCGGAAAAGGACCAAGAGCUGGAGCAGUUGAGGUCUCUAGCCAUACCUUACGGACUUCAAGGAUCCAAAAACUACCUAGCACCAGGGAGUGACAUUAGCGGUGAUGAUUUAAUGGAUGCAAUCUCUUCUGAGAACCUCACCCAGGCUCUGCAUCUUGCUGCCACCAAUGAGACCACUUUCUUUCUAUAUGCAGAGCAGCUGGCCCGGAAAGAGGUAGAAAUUGUAGCCUUAAGGAAGCAGAAGCACAAACUGGAGAAGGAAGUUCACCAACUCCAGGAGAGACUUUUGGUUGAGGAAGAGAAACAUAGGGAAGAGGUAUCCACCCUUCAAGACCAUAUUCAGAAGAACUUAAGGGAUAAGAGCAGAGAGGGAGCCAACCUGGAAUAUCUCAAGAACAUUGUCUAUCGGUUCUUGACCUUACCAGACUCACUGGGCCGUCAGCAGACUCUAACUGCCAUAUUGACUAUACUGCACUUCAGUCCAGAGGAGAAGCAGGUUAUUAUGAGACAUUCAGCUAACAGCAGUUGGUGGCUUUCUGGGAAGAGAUGAGAACGCGGGUCCUGCUCAUAACUACUUUACUUCUAUGGUGACAUGUUCCUGUUUUCUAACUGUACGAGAAGAACUAACCAUCCUUCCCAGGACCUCUGCACUUAAUUGUGUCCAUCGUGUGUCAAGGGCAUGGGAGCCUUCAGCAGAGUACUGAGCUUUUAAACUAGUGAAAUUAGCACUAGGCCAAAAAACAAAUUGUCAUCUCAGUAAUUCCACUAGGACCACAACUUUCUAUGCCACAAGAAUUCGCUCGGGGUUAAGACUUCAUAGAAGGAGGUCCCCACUGAGGAGAUCAGUAUUUUUUUUUUAAUCAAAUGUUCUUUUUUUUUUUUUCAAAUCUGUCAGGUAUAGAAUGGGGAGAACUUACUAAGUUAGAUCACUUGCUUGGGUCUUAAAACUCCAAAUGGGCUCAUGGCCUAAAAAUAAAAGGAAAAGCAUUUAACCGAU